AUCCCUCCCACACCAUAUGCAUGCUACGUACGCGCCGAUGCAUUUGCGUGAAAACUACAACAUGAAGCAUCAGUCUCAUUUUUUAUGUGUUUGGUUUCAGAAUCGAAGAUUCGAACGAUGAGAAGUCAAACUUUUCCAUCGAACACGUCUCGCGCUUCAGUUGAUUGCAAUAUUUGUCCUACAUAUGUUACCCUUGCUAGCAAGUUAAGUGUUGAAGGCCGACAAGUUUUUUAAAUUGAGAAUUCAAUUUCCCUUGGACGUUCAGCUUUUGGUGCUGGGAAGAAAUAAGAAUGGAUUCGUGUGAGAGUGAAAAAACUGCCGAGUCCUCGUUCUGCAGCCCUGCCUCAGUAUACUCAAACCAAGAAAUGGACAAAGACAAAGAAGCAGCAGCAGAAGAAGAAGAAGUAGAAGAAAAGCAUACCCAGUAUAUGAAAAAAGCAGAACAAAAACCAGAAGAAGAACAGGAAGCACAAGAAAAGCAUGCCAUCUCAGACCCAUCAGCACCCACCACCCGCUCUCCACCUCCUCAAUCCCACCGAUACCACAAACCCUCAUCGGCACCAUUGGAUUCAUCGUCACCGUCUUCGCUUUCCUCCAAUCAUUCCUCCCACAGUCAUGAACUCAAACGCACGACCGCACCCGCUCCGGAUACCCCACCGGUAGUCGUGGCGAACCAGUCGUUCUGGACCAACACGGUGGUGCUGGACAAGGUGGACCCAGGAGCCCAAGAUCGCUUCAGCAUCGUUAGAGAAGUUGAGGCUAGUAAUAGCCGUGGUGGUAGUACUGAUGGCGGUGGUGGUAGCCGAAGAUUGAGACCAAAUCUGUCGAUUCUGAAGAGGGUAAGAAGGGAAAACAUGGUGAAGAAGACGUUGUUGUGGUUAAGGAUUUCUGCGUUCGUGUUUUGCUUGAUCUCUUUUUCGGUUAUGGCGGCUGACAAGAAUCAGGGUUGGGCUCUCGAUUCUUUCCAACGAUACAAAGAGUUCAGGUACUGUAUGGCUGUGAAUGUGGUAGGGUCUGCAUAUUCAGGGCUGCAAGCAUAUGAUCUGGUCAACUAUUUCAGCAACGGGAAACACAUAGUCUGGCACCAUCUCCGGUUUUACUUGGAUUUCUCUAUGGAUCAGGUGUUGACUUACCUUCUGAUAUCGGCCUCAUCAGCAGCUGCCACCAGAGUUUAUGACUGGCAAUCGAACUGGGGUAAAGACAAGUUUCCUGAAAUGGCAAGUGCAUCCGUAGGAUUGUCCUUUGUUGCAUUUGGGGCCUUUGCCGUAAGCUCUCUCUUUUCUGGUUAUACCCUCUUUAAAACCCCAUAGUUAAAUUAAUACAAAUGCCGGCCAUAUCAGAAGAUGAUGGGGAAGUCUUUAAGUUUUAGAUAAUCUGUUCCCUUCCUCAAGUUCUAGCAAUGAUAAAUUGUUGAAAAUAGAAAUCGAAAUGCUUUACAGUUACAGUGUUGUGUGAAAAUAGGUUCGUGUGUUUCUCUUGAACCAUGGAUGCUUAUCAUGGCAUUAGAUAUAAAUCUAUUUCUGUUUGAAAGCUCUGCUUUCUGAUCUAA